CAUAUCCUUGCUGUGACAAAUGAUAUAACUAUGUGGGAAGAAGUUAUGCUUCUAAAUUAAAGACCAGAGACUUUUAUUUUGAUUCUCUGAACGGCUGGGGCUUCGCGUGACGUCAUAAGCUCUGCGCCCGCGCCUUCUCUAAUGUCCGCUGAAUAAAAGGAAAAGCCAGAGGUUUAUCGAUCGAGAUCUGCCUGACGAUGGAGUAUAUUAAAGUGGAGAUUGUGGAUCUGACAGAUCUAGAACCAUUCAGAGUGAAAGAAGAAGAAACGGAGGAACAAAGAGACCUGCUUAAAUUGGAAGAGGAAAAUCAAGAUCAGAAUGAAGUGGAGAAAAAUCAGUAUCAGGAGCCUCAUAGCUUCUCAACUGGAGAAAAUUCACAAACGGAAAACGAAUUGACACAAAGUCCAGGGGCCAAAAAAUCAUUUGGAUGCCCACAUUGUGGAAAGAGUUACAAAUGUAAAGAAGACCUUAAGGAUCACAUGACAAUCCACAGUGAGAGGCCGUACACAUGCCUCCAGUGUGGAAAGAGUUACACGCAAAAAAUCAACCUUCAGAAUCACUUGUUAAUUCACAAUGGAGACAAGCCUUUCACAUGCUCUCAGUGUGAGAAGAGCUUCACACGCAAGGGAGACCUGAAGAAACACAUAAUAGUUCAUUUUGGAGAGAGGCCUUUCACAUGCCAUCAGUGUGGGAAUAAUUUCAGACAUCAAGGAAACCUAACAAGUCACAUGAAGAUUCAUACUGGUGAGAAAUCAAACCGAAGUCCUCACAGCGAAAAGAAACUUGCACAAGUGUGCAAUUUUAAAACUCCUGUGCUCUAUCAUGCUGGAACAAUGCCCUUUAAAUGUGAUCAUUGUGGUCAGAGAUUUAUCUUGUCAGCACACUUAAAGAGACACCUGAGAUGGCAUGCAAAGGAGAAAUCUUGAGCAUAAUCCCUCCGUGGAAAGAUGCCUUAGCGAGUUUAAAAGAACCAUAAACUAUACUGUCCGAAAGUUUGCGUGUGUUUUGGGUGUGGGAAUGUAGCAAAUAACCUGUACUUGAGUUUUCACCCGAUCAUAGAGAAAAGCAUUGUUUAAAUUAGUGAUGAUGGCAAAAUGCUUUCUUUUUUAGGUCCAGCAGAUUUAAGACAAUAUUGAGAAAUAUAAAGAGCAAUUUUAUCUAAGAUGGAAGUUUAUUAAAAUGACCUGUAGUCACGAAGAUUGUUUAUUCAAUGACAACUGAAGGACAACUGAAGUCAAACUAUAUAAAAAAAAAAUUAAAAAAAAAAUUAAUAUAUCAAAAUAUUAAUUCGGAAGACUAUUAGCAAUGCUUUUAUGUUGGGACUAGCGGUUGUGAAUCUUAUUAAUUGUAAAUACAUUCAUUGUACAAGAGGGCACUUGUUAAAUAUAUCUUUCUCUGUGUUAAAUUGUUCAGUUUAUUUUAAUCAUAGCUGUUGAGAAGUGGUGUGUGGAGAACUGAGGUAUACUUGCAAUGAGAUCUUUUAACAGACCCUGAUUUGUAUUACUGAAAAUCCCAAAUAAAAAGAUGCCUGAGCAUGGUAAUUGCGUAACCGAGCCGUUGACUUAAAAGUUCACACUAUUUCAUUGAAAUAACUAUCGAAUGAGAAUGCAAUAGUAAUUGAUUUGAAUUGAGCUGAAUAAUGCUUUAUUUUCUUCUCUAGAGGUGCUUUUUAGUCAUUUGAAGUGGAUUUAUUGUUUCCUUAUUGAAUAAUUUUGCAACAUUGAUGAUUUGAUAAUAUGGUUUGAUUUGAUGCUGUUUUUUUUUCCUGUUUAUUACUGUAAAGCUGUUCAGAAGCAACCUUUAUUGUAUAAAGUGCUAUAUAAAUAAAUGUGACUCCACAAGCA